AGGAUUGAUCAUAAUUUGAUAUGCAAUCCAUGAAUAUCCCAAAACUGAUCUUUAUCUUGAUCGAUCCUUGACUAAACUCUGAGAGUGAAACAAUUACCAGUAACAGUAAUCUCAAUAGCUUGGGCACAGGUUGAAUAUGGAGCACCAGAAUUCCAAUCCAAUUCGCUGCAUCGUCAAACUCGGAGGAGCAGCCAUCACAUUUAAGAAUGAAUUAGAAACCAUAGACGAGGAAAACCUAAUGCUGGUUUCAUCACAGCUGAGGCAGACAUUGAUGUCUGCUUCUUCUGCUUGCCCGAGAGUCGUGGGAAUGGACUGGAGUAAAAGGCCUGGUUUAUCUGAGGCUCCGAGUGUUGACAGCAUUUUCGGUGAUCAACCAGUUGUUGAUUCUAAGAGUUUUGUUGUAGUUCAUGGGGCAGGUUCUUUUGGGCACUUUCAAGCUAGCAAAUCUGGCGUGCAGAAGGGCGGCUUGGGCAAACCUAUUGUCAAGGCUGGUUUUGUUGCUACACGUAUUUCGGUUACAUCUCUCAAUCUUGAAGUUGUUAGAGCUCUAGCAAGAGAGGGUAUUCCUUCUAUUGGAAUGUCCCCAUUCUCAUGCGGAUGGUCAACUUGUCAAAGAAAUGUCAGAAGGAAACCAGAUGAUCUAAUUUGUUAAACAAAUUAUCAUCUUUUAUGAUUGCUUUAGCUGCUUAUAACCAUGAAUUAGUUGAAGAGUGAGGAACUUAUGCAUCUACAGAUGGCAGAAGCUGAAGUCUCUAUGGUGAUUAAAGCAGUUGAUGCUGGUUUCAUACCUGUUUUACAUGGAGAUGCAGUACUCGAUAGUUCGCAGGAAUGCACCAUAUUGAGUGGAGAUGUGAUCGUACGCUAUUUGGCAGCAAAAUUGAAGCCAGAAUACGUUGUUUUUCUUACAGAUGUGAAUGGCGUAUAUGACCGCCCCCCAACAGACCCUGAGGCUAAACUCCUGAGAGAAAUUGCUGUGCGUGAAGACGGGAGCUGGUGUAUUUUGAAGCCGGCAUCACUAAGAACAAGCGUUCCAGAAUUUACAGUGGCCUCCCAUGACACAACUGGGGGUAUGGUUACCAAAAUAUCUGAGGCUGCAAUGAUUGCAAUACUGGGAAUUGAUGUAUACAUUGUGAAGGUUGGAACUGACCACUCACUCCAAGCCUUGGAUGGUAGCCUGAGAGGCAAAAUUCCUGAGGAUUGGUUGGGAACCGCAAUCCGGCGAAUUGAUGACCCAAAGGCUGACUGAAGUAUACGGAGUACUCCACGAAUGGGUUAAAACCAAGCACAAUAAUGGUUCGUUUGGGAGCAAUGUUCGUGGUACGUGUUACAAUUUUGAAAGGUAUUGUUAAAACUAAAGACGGUCGUUAUAUACUUUUCCUGAAAAGGUUUAAAGCCAAAUGCCAAAUGGGAUGUUAGUUUACAACCAAACCUUAAUGAAGUCCCCAAGUAUUGUUGGUAUUUAUUCAUCAAAUAAGACAAAUUAUGUGACAGAUUUAUUUUUGUUUCCAAUCCCUUCUUCAAGUGUGGAGAAAGUGUACGUAUUUAAGUCAAACAUUGUCAUGCUUUUGGUCAUUAUA